CCUGGCCUCUCUCCCCCACCCUGAUCUACCCCUUCUUUGUCCACUAAUCCAGGUUAUACAAACCAAAACCCUAGAAAUCUCUAACACUGAUCCUGUGUUAGAGGUCUCAUUAGAGACUCAGCAAUAUUACUCUGGAGGCAGGAAGGCAUGAGCUUGUCGGUUGUUCUGUGAGACUCAUCACUGUUUUUCUUUGGCAGUACAAAGCAAAGCAAAGCAAACCCACCUGUGUUCGGUGUUCCUUUGAUGGAUAGUCUUCAUUGGGUUAGAUGGGAUGUUGGGAAACACAGCCUUCUCACCCAUCUCUGUCCUUUCUUUUUCACCUCUUAAUUUCUCUCCUUUUUUUCUGACAAAUUAAGUUCUAACAUCUCUUCUUUAAACUGAGAUUAGCCCUUCUUAUAGCUGGUCAUCAAACCUGGAUAUACUGCAAUUACACUUCUCUCUCUCUUGCUUCAACUCUAUUGUUCAUAAUUACAAGGUAAGUUUUUUUCUCACUUAGCUCUUGCUUCAAGGGACCCAAAUAUCAGUUUUACUCCCUAAUUGAGUUCCUAGAUCUUAGUUUCUUUUUCUCCUUCUUAGAGCUAGAGGAGAAUAAUUUGUGGGUCUUGUGAUUAUCUCUUUGAUUAGGAAGUAUUUUUGGAUCAAUUAAUGAUUCUGACUUAGCUAGGGUUGGAAAGUUUACAGUAAAGAGGAGGAUUUAAUCAUGGAGAUGAUUACAAUGAUGAGACAGUAUAUGCUUUUUUACAAUAAAAAGUAACUCGGAUCAAGAUUCAGAUCGUGCUUUGGUUUGUUUUAAACUAGAAACCAUCCGAUCUAAUGGAGUUUGGAGGAGGAGGAGAGGAUAAGAAAAUAAGGAGACCAAUCUCUUUAGGUUACAAUGGAGAAGGAACAAGUACCCAUCAUCAUCAAACGAUCAAUCAACCCCAGCCACCGCAAGAUCUGAGCUCACCUCGAUUAAUCGUGGUCACGGCCGCACCAAUUGCUACCGGAUCAAUCGUAAGAUCACCGACCGAAUCAACCUCAACAGUCCGAUAUCGAGAAUGUCAGAAGAAUCACGCGGCAAGCAUGGGAGCACAUGUUGUGGACGGGUGCGGAGAAUUCAUGCCCAGCGGCGAAGAAGAUACAACAGAAUCAUUGAAAUGUGCAGCGUGUGAAUGCCACAGGAAUUUUCACAGAAAAGAGAUUAAUGGAGAGUCCUCGUCAACGCAGUAUCUAACGACCAAUUCUUACUUCCCUUACCACAACGGCCAAAGAGACAGUACUACUACCAUAGCUGCUCCUCCUCCCCAAUUACCUAAUUUUGCAUCUCAUCAUCAAUUGCAUCAUCAUAGGCGGCCUACUGCGCCGGUGAUGAUGGCGUUCGGGGGUGGAGGGGCGGCGGAGUCGUCUAGUGAAGAUCUGAAUAUGUAUCAAUUGGGAGGGCAGACGACGAUGCUGCAGCCGAAUAGGAAGAGAUUUAGGACCAAGUUUAGUCAAGAACAGAAGGACAAGAUGGCUGAAUUUGCUGAUAAAUUGGGUUGGAAGAUUCAGAGACGAGAUGAACAACAAGUGCAAGAGUUUUGUUGUCAAGUGGAUGUUAAAAGGCAGUGUUUUAAAGUGUGGAUGCACAACAACAAACAAGCCAUGAAGAAGAAAACAACAAAUGUAAGAGACUAAUAUUCCACAUCCCCCAAUUGUUACCCACAUAUAUAUAUUGAUCAUAUAUAGUUAUAUAUAUAUAGAU